GCUCGGGGUAAAGCCAUUGAAAUUCCAAAAAGUGCAUGAACUUACACCGCAACAGAAAGAAAAUAGACUCAAAAGAGCUAAAGAGUUGGCCGGAAGUGGUGAACUGCCGAAUUUGUUUUUUCUCCGUUCCGAUGAGAAAACAUUCGUUGUCCAGCAGUUUGUAAACGUCAGCUUAAAAUGUGCACUUUCGGUUGGCCACCAGAACUCAAGCGCCGGCCAUGGUGAUUGUGUGGGCCGCCAUAAAAGCCGAAUAUUAUAGCGAAAAUAUUCUGGAGGGUGUAUUAUAGCCACGGGCACGCAAACCUUUUGGGCCGCAGACCUUUGACAUUCCGACAGGACUCGGCAUCAUCGCACUCAGCACGCACCACCGGAGAACGGUUACAAAAUGAGGUUCUACGCUUCAGUUCCAGCGCACAAUGGCCACCAAAAUCUCCGGAUACCAAUCCGUUGAACUAUUGUGUCUGGAGUAUUUUGGAAUACAAGGUUGGCACUAGAAAUACCAAAGUGCAAGCGCUUCGCCGGGAAUGGCCCAAAAUACCGCAGAGCAACAUUCGGGCAGCGUGUGACGGUUUCAUUUGCCGUUUGAAGGCCAUAAUUCGAGCCAAAGGUGACCAAUUCGAACAAAUUUAAACCUAUUCUAAAAUGUCAUGCUAUUUCCGACACUUUUUGCUUUCAUUCAAUAAUUUGAAAAAAAAAAAAAAUGCAAAAAUUAUGGCGUUUGACUUUGUUGCAGUGUUUUAUAUCACCCUGUAUUCCAAAUCAAAUACCGAGAGAGAGGAAGAGAAAAGAGAAGCUUCUCUCAAUUAUUUUAUUUGUUAUUAUAUUGAAAUAAAAAUUUGAAACGCAUCACGGAAAACUUUUCAACCUUAACUCUGAAUACUAUAUUCAUAUAUUCUACAAAUAUUCAGCCUGUCCGGCCUAUCUGUUAGGCAUGACCAAAUCCAAUCAUUAUUGCCAUCAAACAUUUAGUAUUUGUUUAAACGCCGUUUGCGUGUCAUCAUGUCAACGGUUUAUUGUUCCAACGUUCCAAAGCUACGGUUGUUCAUCAUUUUUUCAACGCUCAUCAGCCAUGCCACGGCAAUCGGCUGUCCUCAGGUGCUGGAAUUAAAUCAUCAAGAAAUUGCCCAUAAUAUUUCCGAAGCUUUGGUUGAAAUGAUUGAUAGUUUCUUUUUGGAGAAAUAUGGUCGACGCAGUUUCAAUGUGCAUAUCAAAGUUCAAAAUCCUCAAAAUAGACAUUUCUUCAAUGACAUCGUGAGAGCAAUGUGGUCACUAUUGGAUGGCCGAAUUUCGAUUUAUCUCAGCAACGAUAUACCAAUACCGGUGUCGAAUCAAAUACAUUUUAGCGUUUUGUUGGUCGACUCAACGGAGUCAUUGGAAUACCUCUACACAAACAUAAUCAAAUACCAUCUGUUUAUUGAGGGAUCCUAUUUUAUAGUUCUGUACACAUUGCCCUCUCCCAAUCAUUAUUACGAUGAAUUGUAUCGAUCUCUGCAGACAUGUUUGGAUGCAGGUAUAUCGCAUGCCAAUGUUCUCGUCUAUGCUGGGCUAAAUAGCAUUCUCCUUUUUCAUGAUGAACCCUUCUCCGAAUUCCAUUGCAAUGCCAAUGUGCCGGUUGUGAAUAAUAAGUUUAUAAGUGGUCAAUGGAAUCAUACAGGAUUUUACAUAUCGAAAGCAAGUAAUUUAUAUGGAUGCCCCUUGGUUUGUGCCACCUGGGAGGAUAUGCCAUAUUUCGAAGUUCUCUCCAACGAGACGUCGGCAAAGAACCAAAGAUUUAAGGGUCUAGAGGGGAGAAUGUUGGAUUAUCUGUCGGAACGUAUGAAUUUCACGGUGGCCAUACGCUGGAUGAACGAUGAAGAGAUCAAUCGUACGCUGUAUGAUGAAAGUGGCAUGCUGGAGGAGCUCUUCUCGACGGGCACGGAUUUUGUUAUUGGGGCAUUUCACGACAAACCCACCUCUUUUUAUGAUACCUUCACCCCAACAACAAAUUACUUUUUGAGUUCCUUUUAUUUUGUGGUGUCGGCCAAAACUGAUCCCUAUGAUCCGUUCGUCAAGUUGCUGCUGCCAUUCAAAACCGAAAUUUGGUUCAUUCUAAUACUGUUGUUGGUUAUUGGAAAUGUCAUCCUAUUUUCCAUAACUCAAGUAGAUCGCCAAAUAAAAUAUUUGGUAUUGGGUCGGAAGAAACAACGUCCCAUAUAUAAUAUGGUAAUCAUAAGUCUGGGUGGCCCCGUAGCCCGCGACCCUAAGGUGCCAUUUUCCCGUUUCCUGUUGAUGGUGUGGCUGUUGGCCUCGUUUGUUUUGCGUACCAUAUAUCAAGGGUUUAUGUAUCACUUCCUGCGUCAUGAUAUCCACAAGCCACCGCCCAAGUCCAUACAACAAUUGCGGGAGGAGAAUUAUACGAUCCUUAUGUCGGAGGUGGUUUAUCAGGGCAUUAAACAUUUAAAGGCCCUCUACGACGUGGCAGUUGUUUUGAAUGACAGCGAAGUGGAAAGUUUUGCCAUACUCAAUGAACCGGAAAAAUAUGGCUUCGAUCGAAAGACUGCAAUUCUCACAGCCUAUGAAUAUUAUGGCUAUUUUAAAUAUCUGAAUCAGAACAACAACGAUUUCUAUCUCGUUCCAGAGAUCUUCUUCACCCAGCAGCUGAGUAUUUAUAUGAUGAAAAAUUCCAUGUUUUUGAAUCGUUUCAAUAUGUACAUCACUAGCUAUACGAAUGAGGGCCUAAUGCAUCGCUGGGAGAAAUAUUUGAUAUUUAAGAAUACCUUUCGAAAAUUGCAGGCCGAUGAUCAACCCAGUGCCAUGGAUUUGUAUCAGCUGUGUGGGGCAUUGAAUUUGUUGGGUAUCUGUUUGCUGGGUUGCGUGGGUGUUUUUGUGGCAGAAGUUGUUGUUCAUCGAGUAAGUGUUUGGGCUCGCAAGAAACGUCGAAGAUGGUGGGGCCCUAAACGUCCGAGAAAAAAUCAAUGGAUUAAUGAAGGAUCGGAAUUUUGAAGAUAAUUUCAAUGUAUAUAGAAAUAUUAAAUAUUGUU